CUUUUUGCUGGGUUGUAAGUUUUUUUGCUCCCUGCGGAAUGUCUAAAGAAUGGCGACAUUACGAGAAGGGUCAAGAGGAAGCUUUGGCUAAGGCGGCUUCGAAUAUUGAAGAAGCUCCGAAAGCAAAAUAUAUUCGAAAAUCUAUCAUAUUGUCCUGGGAGCUUCAAAACUCGGAAAUUUUUUGGAAGGCGAUUUUUAAGUUACCUUUAGGCACAAACCCUAUAAUGUGUUAUAAAUCCGUACACAUUAUACAUAAAUUAUUACUUGAAGGCCAUCCCAGCUUUAUAUCAGAGACAUACACAUUUAAAAGUAAACUAAAUCAGUUAGGAGGCCUUUGGAGCCGGCAGACUACCUCUUACUCUCCGCUUAUAUCCGCCUACCUUCGUUUUAUUAGCGAAAAACUCGAUUUUCAUCAUCAAUAUGAGAAUCUAAAAGGUGACUUAAACUCCGAGUUGGGCCUGUUCUCCUCUAACUACGACUUUACGAGUGCGUACUCUUUGUGCAUGUCCAUCCUGGAGUUACACUCGUCCCUUAUAUUUGUCUCUUCAACUAUUCUGGGCUCCCUCAACAAGCUUACUUCACCUGAGGAAAUUGAAUGUCGUGUUUCUGCAUUCAUACCUAUCGUUCAAGAAAGUCGUGGUCUCUACUAUGCCUCUCUUGAGCUCUUAAAACUACUUCAUCAUGAGCUUGAUUUGGAUUCCCUUGCGGAUCUUGACAAAAUUUUUUUAAAGCAGUGGCACCAAUUGAAAAUCCUUUAUAAUGAUGUAAGAAGUUUUGAGUACUUGAGAAAACUUGUUGAGAUUCCCGAACUAGGCGAUUAUCCCCCAACUUGGCUGAAGGAAGGUAAGACUAAUCUACCGAAAGAGCUUCAGAGAAGCGGUGAAAAAGAUCUUGAAAGUUCCUGCAACCAUGAAGAGUAUAUUGCCUUUUUAAAAAGGGAAAUUGAGCGUCUGAAAAAUGAAGUCAACCGCUUGAACACCAAAAUCGAAAACCUUUUGCAGCAGCGCAGAGAUUACGAUUCGCAGGCCGAGCAGGCCCGCUCGCGUUUACAACAGUUAGAAGACACCAACGCCACACAGGCCAAGAGGCUCAAGGAACUGCAGGGGGUGGAGAAACAAAUCGAGACUGCCACUUCCGAAUUGAACUCUACAAAAACAAAGUUUGCGCAAAUGACAAAGAUGUACAAGAAACUUCGCGGAGAUCACUUAGACUUGCUAAAGAAGUCCGCCGCAGACUCUGAUAAGUUUCAAGCAGAGAAGGCGUCCGUGGAGUCCAAGUUCCGGGAAGAAGCCAAGAAAGCGGAGAAUUUAGAAAAAGAAUUUUCGGCUUUAAAACUCGAAAAUGAACGGCUUGAUAAGGAGAAUACUAAACUUUUGCAGUACCAAAGCAACCAGGGAAAACUUGCCAGCGAAAAUAGUUCUAAAAUUGCUGAAUUGUCAGAGGCGCACGCACGCGAGAUUGAGGCUCUAAAACAAAAAUACACCGAAGACUUGCAAAAGUCUGCAGAGCGGAUCGAGGCUGAGACCAAGAAGAGAAUGGAAGCGAAGAUGGAGAGCGAGAGGAAGAUGCAGGAAGGCGAAAGAAAGAAAGAUGAAAGCACCGCCAGAGAGGAUAUAAAUGGUGCCACCUCUCGCUGUGUAGAAAUAAUCAGACAGGCGAUAGACGAAUUGGACGGCAGCAGCGGCGGGAACGAUAGCGCCAGCAUUGCUUAUACGCUCGAGUCGGUUCAUAGGGCCGGAGCGGCAGGAGACCAUGUGGGAGCUACACUCAGUUCCCUUAUUGGAGACAAGCAAAAGCGGGUGCAGCCAACCUCCUUUGUAGACUUUACUCAAUUUGCUGACGCCGUGGUUGCCAUGCUGCACAACUCGAAGGGGCUCACUCGACUUGCAGAAGACGAUAAGCUCAGCAACAGUAUUCUCACGUCCAAUAAGGACGCGGCCAACGCUUCUAUUGAGUUGCUUUUGUCGGGUAACUACCAAGACGGCUGCUCCACUGAGUCGCAGCUCGCGAAGGUCAAAAACGCUAAGGAAGAGUUAAAAAGCCGUUUUGACAAGGUAAUAGAGGCCACUGAAAAUCUUGAGGACAAAAAAUACACCGACUCGAGUAAACUCGGUACCAUUCUCGAAAAUGAGUUCAAUUCUGCUACGGAAGCAAUACACGCUGCCUCUAGAAAAUUACAGGAAAUGCUGGAAAAGGCGCAGCAAGAGCAAGAGGGGCUGAAGUUGGACGUGCACGAGAGCAUCCUUGGAGGCUCCAAGUCCCUCAUGGACUGCAUCCGCCUGCUCAUCCGGGAGGCCUCCAACGUGCAGAGCGAGAUUGUCAAGCAAAGUGGCGGCUUUGCGGACUCCUCCACCUUUUAUAGUAAAAAUCACAUGUGGGCAGAGGGCCUCAUCUCAGCCGCCAAAGCUGUGGGCUGGGGCGCUGAUGUUCUGGUGGAAAACGCGAAUAAGGCCGUUUCUGGAAAUGGCAAGUUUGAGGCAAUCAGCGCAGCUGCGAACAACAUUUCAGCUUCUACAACCCACUUAGUUACAGCCUCCCGGGUUAAGGCUCCCAAACACAGCGAACAUCAAAAGAGUCUGGAAGGAGCCAGCAAAAACGUCAGGGAGGCAACUAAAGAACUUGCGGCAAUCUCGAAAAAUGCGGCGCAGCUUUUAAAAGGAGAAAGCCCAACGGAUUUUUCAAAUCUUUCAGACCACGAGGCAAGCCGUGUCGAAAUGGAACAGCAGAUUAAAAUUCUUGAAUUGGAGAACAAACUGGAAGAUGCUAGAAAUGUUUUAUUUUCGCUACGAAAGGAAAGAUACAAAUAGUUAAUAAAGUCG